GUCUGUGUUGCUGGGCUGUUGCUGUGCUCGGCUGGCUGGGACUUGAUCGCUGCCAGAGCAUGAAUUACGCCGUACCGGAGUGCAAGUUGUGCUGCUUGCUUGCUAGCUCUCCCCGUGUUUGUGCGUGAAUUUGUGGCGAAUCUGUUUGUACAUGUAGCCUUUUCACAUUAAUGAGAAGUUGGCGGGGGUGUCAGAUUUGAAUGCAUAUGGGUGCGGCGUCCCCUUUUCAGAAAAAAAGGCUUAACAGGAUUUGUGUUCAAGCUUGGGGUUGAAAAAAGGAGAAAUACUCGUCUUCUGGAGCUGCGCUGAGCGGUGGACAUUUUUUCGCCUUUUGUAUACUUGCGCUUUGUGGACAUUUUGAUUUUUUCUUUCUGAUUGUCAGGCUUGAACUACUAAAGUUUUUUCAAUUAAGGAUGUAAGUAAUUUUAUUUUUUUGUGCUACCCUGCUAACAGGAAGUUACUUCCCCGAAGCAAAAAAAAACCUAAAGUACACGAAAGACAACUUUUGGCGAGAACACUGCACUUGGAGAAGAAGCACAGUCAAUGUGAUCAGUGUUUUGAGAGCUUUAAUGUCAUAUGAGUGGAUGGAUGCAGUAGAGGUUUUUAAGCUAUCUCGCCUAAGACGAUUUGCACCAAAGUAAACAAAACAGUGGAUUUAAAACACUUUCGGAGCUGCAAUUUCAAUGAAAGAAGGUGUCUGGAAACCUGACGUUUAAGUUUUCACUUGCUGUUCUUGGAUUCAUCUGGCCCCCAAACUGGACUUCAGAGAAGCUGGUUCAUAAAUGACAAGGCCAUCGUGUGGGACCGCAAAGCUUGCUCUUGUCAGAUUCGGUGCCAGUGAGCCCCAGCAGAACGUCCUCUACAGUGCCUGACGAUGUCGACGAAGAGGAGCUUGUUUGUGCGGCUGGUGCCGUGCCGCUGCCUGCGAGGGGAGGAGGAGUCUGUCACGGCGCUGGACUACUCCCACUGCAGCCUGGAGCAGGUGCCUAAGGAGAUCUUCAACUAUGAGAAGACCUUGGAGGAGCUGUACUUAGAUGCCAACCAGAUUGAGGAGCUGCCCAAGCAACUGUUCAACCUCCAGUCACUUCAUAGACUGAGUCUGCCAGAUAACGACUUAACUGCGUUGCCAGCAUCCAUCGCGAACCUCAUUAAUCUCAGGGAGCUUGAUGUCAGCAAGAACAGCAUCCAGGAGUUUCCAGAAAACAUCAAGAACUGCAAGGUGUUAACCAUGGUUGAAGCCAGUGUAAAUCCCAUUUCAAAGCUUCCGGAAGGAUUUACUCAGCUCCUAAGUUUAACUCAGCUAUAUCUGAAUGAUGCCUUUUUGGAAUUUUUACCAGCAAGUUUUGGCAGAUUGACCAAACUGCAGAUUCUGGAAUUAAGAGAGAACCAGUUAAAGAUAUUACCAAAGAGUAUGGUACAAAUGUUUGAGUUAUAUGAGAAUAUUUUGUGUUAUCGUCUCUUUUCUGCUCAGCCUGAAGUUUUGGAACAGCUCACAGGGUUAAAGGAGUUUUGGAUUGAUGGGAACAGACUGACAUUUCUACCAGGGUUAAUUGGGUCAUUAAAGCAGCUGACCUACCUAGAUGUGUCCAAGAACAACAUUGAGAUGAUUGACGAUCGGAUAGCUGGUUGUGAAAACCUGCAGGACUUGCUUCUCUCAAACAACGCGUUGGCCCAACUUCCUGGGUCAAUUGGAUCUCUGAAGAAAUUAUCUGCGCUGAAAGUUGAUGAGAACCAGCUAAUGUACCUGCCAGAUUCUAUAGGAGGCCUCUUGGCACUGGAUGAGCUGGACUGCAGUUUUAACGAAAUUGAAGCUUUGCCGUCAUCCAUAGGGCAGUGCACCAACCUGCGCACAUUCGCUGCAGAUCACAACUUUCUGACACAGCUGCCUCCUGAGAUUGGGAACUGGAAGAAUGCGACAGUGUUGUUCCUACACUCCAACAAACUGGAGCACCUGCCUGAGGAAAUGGGAGACAUGCAGAGACUAAAAGUUAUCAAUCUCAGUGACAACAAGUUAAAGAAUUUGCCCUUCAGCUUCACCAAAUUGAGCCAACUGACUGCUAUGUGGUUGUCUGAAAACCAGUCCAAGCCUCUGAUACCCUUGCAGAAAGAGGAAGACGAGGAGACACACAAGACUGUUCUCACCAACUACAUGUUCCCUCAGCAGCCCAGGACUGAGGACUAUGCGCAAAACUCUGAUAACGAGAGCUUCAACCCCUCACUCUGGGAGGAGCAGAGGAGACAGCGAGCACAGGUGGCCUUUGAGUGUGAUGAGGACAAGGAUGAGCGAGAGACACCUCCUCGGGAGGGUAAUCUGAAGCGCUACCCCACACCUUACCCAGACGAGCUGAAAAACAUGGUGAAAACCGCUCAGACGAUCGCACACCGGCUGAAGGAGGAUGAGUCGUCGGACGAAUCUGGUAAAGACACAAAGCAAAGCGAAGAUACCACUGUCGCAGUACGAGAUGUUGGAGUAAAGGCUUCCGAAAGCUGUGCAAACGGUCAGGCAGUGGAGAUGGAUCUUAAAGCAGCUGCAAACUGCAUCCCAAAGCCUAGUGACCUUGAUUCCAAGGUUGCUGUAGAGACAUCACAGGCAGCUGCCCUUCAGAUCCUGGACAAUACAAGAGCAGCAGUUAACCAUGAAGAUACUCUUGAGGACUCUGAGGACUUGUCUUCUGAUGAGGAGGAGAUGAAGAUUGCAGAGAUGCGUCCUCCUCUGAUUGAGAUCUCAAUCAACCAGCCCAAAGUGGUGGCUCUGAGUAAAGACAAGAAAGAUGAGAGUAAAGAUUCCGACUCUUUACUGGAGGAAAGCGCUGUAAACAGUAACCAGAACAACAGCAACUGUUCUUCACCAUCCCGCAUGUCAGACUCGGUGUCCCUCACCACCGACAGCAGCCAGGACGCCUCCCUCUGCACGCCAGAGAGAGAAGCCAAAGUCAUGAUCAUCUCCAAGAUCAGGCAAGAAGAUGAAAAUUUAAAUCAGCUGGAAGAAACAGCAUCCCUGCUGCAGAAUGGAAAUGGGUCUGACACUUCGCUGCAAGCAAUCCUGAAAAACCAGCAGGAGAACGAUUCAAGGAAAGAAGGGCUAAAAACGAGCGAGUUUGAGUUCUCGGUGGAGGAAAAGCUGGCACUUAUUGAGAGGGGCAUUGACUUAAAAAAUGGGAUGGGAGAUUCUUACAGCAAAUGGGAUGAGAUCAACAUGAAUGUGUCCCAGCUCCCUCCAGACAAUGUAGUGAGGUUAGAGGACUUGGAGAAAACAAAGAGCGUGCCUCGCGAGGAACUGAGGGAUAAGUCUGUGAUCAACAACAACACCAAACAAGCCCCAGACCAGCUGGAGAAUGGAAACCAGCUUCCAAAGCCGGUUCACACAGAUCAUCACAAUGGACGUGUGGAAGAACCCCCCCAGUCCCCAGCCAAGUAUGAGGUUGUGAGAACAGCAACAGUAGGAGUGACAGCGAGCAGUGAGAUGUCUAUUUCAAGGAGCACUGAGGAACUGUCCCCUCAGAAACGGGGGCCUCCAGGCCCUGUGGUGAAAGCUCAAAGCAUCACUAAUAUUGAGACGGGCACUCUUAAAAUCUAUAACAUUUCCAGUGACAAUGGGCCUUAUGAGACCAGUGCUGCAGGGCGUGUAUCUGUGGCCAGUGCCCAGGGACAAAACAUCGUCCGGAGCAAGUCUGCCUCCCUACUCAACGACCAGCCCCUGCAGGUCUACCCUGGCUCCUCCGCCUCAUCAUCUGACCUGCUGUCCAGCAGUAAAACCUUAUCCAAAUACGAUCCCAGCUUCGUUCAGCAAGGCCCCCAUACAGGCAGGGUGCCUGUGCCCACUGCUAUGCACGGGCCUGGAAUGCCUCAGUACAACAUCCAGUACACGAGUAGCACGAUGCCCAAAGACAGCCUGUGGACUCAGAGGACGCCAGUUCCUCCAGAUCAAGGGUACUUGCCGCCACAGCGGCUGCAGAGGUCCGACAGUACAGACAGCUACACCAAACACGCGGCGGCCAACACAAAUUACUCCAACCGCAACAGCGCCCAGGCCUACACCCUGCAACAGCGUGGGGCGGCCAAGCCCGUGGAGAUGUGGGCGGUCCCCCCACCGAAAGACAGGUUGAUGCUAGCUGGUCCGCGGAGCACCUUGCAGAGGCAGAGCAGCAGCUCCUCUACUGCCUCCAUGGCCCUUGCAGACCCUGGCCACCCCCGACGGGUCCCAAUGCCGGAUGGCGACUACAUGACUUACAGGGACAUUCACACUAUGGGCCGGGGGCUGGCGCCGCCCAUGAACCAGGGGCUGCAGAGGCCCCUGUCGGCCAGGACCUACAGCAUCGACGGCCCAAACGCACCCCGACCGCAGAGUGCUCGGCCGUCCGCCCACGAGGUGCCCGAGCGAACCAUGUCUGUCAGCGACUUCAACUACUCACGGACUAGCCCAAGCAAGCGGCCAAACAUGAGAGUGAAGUCGGAGCACUCCUUGCUGGACGCCCCAGGGAUGGGGAGGGUGCCAGCAGACUGGAGGGAUCAGGUGUUGAGGCACAUUGAGGCUAAAAAGAUGGAGAAGAACAUGCUGUCUAGGUCCUUUAAUUCCAAUAUUGCUGCAGUUAGCAGCUUUCACUAUGGCAGCUCUAGAGAUCUGCAUGCCAGCCAAGGCAGUCUUACCUUUAGUGUUGCAGAUGGAAGGCAUUUUGGAGCACACACGUUCCGCGAUGAUGUCUUUGUACCUCAAGUACAGCAGAGCUACUCAAUGGCUGGACUCAGUCAUAAGGAUGUGCCUAUGGAUGUUAUUAGAAAAGUGCCUCUGACAAACGGACAAAUGUGUCCGCCUUCCCGACCGCCAAUGAACUGUAACCAAGGGCACUGUCUCCCCGCCCAGGCACCAGUGGCCCGACACCCCUCCAGGGAGCAGCUGAUCGAUUACUUAAUGCUGAAAGUAUCCCAGCAUCCACAGGGCCCUACCCGGCCACCCCAGGAGGUUCUGCAGCAGGAGGUCCAUGUCAAAAUUGAGAAGAAUCCUGAAUUGGGUUUUAGUAUAUCGGGAGGUGUCGGAGGCAGAGGAAAUCCAUUCCGGCCGGAGGAUAAUGGUAUAUUUGUAACACGAGUCCAGCCAGAGGGCCCUGCAUCAAAGCUUUUGCAGCCUGGGGAUAAGAUUGUGCAGGCAAAUGGAUACAACUUUGUUAAUAUUGAUCAUGGACAAGCGGUUUCCCUGUUAAAAACAUUUCCCAAUACUGUGGAACUUGUCAUUGUCAGAGAAGUGUCUGCAUAGAGCCCUGAUCACAAGAGAAAAAGCCCAGCAAGAGAGACCAUCUUGAGGGGGGAAAAACAAACUGAAUGUUUGCUUCAAUAUUUUUGUAAACAAAGGAGCUGGUUAUAUAUAAAUAGAUAUAUGAACUGCAUCCAUUAAAAGAAAAUUUGAGCUUUGGGAAGGGGGAAUACCACUGUGUUAAGUGGAAAGGGCACGCGUCUGGAAAUAGGCAUUUACAAGGCCUACACUGUGGGAUUUUAUUUUAUUUUUUAACAAAAAGUCAGUGAAUGAUAUACUCCUACAUGAACAAACCUGUGUGCUUUCUGUACAGACUUGUAGGUUUAUUUUUGAAUACUUCAUAUACAUUACUAAAUAACAUAAAGAGCUCUUGUAGUAAGCCUAAAGUGUAGCCGGUGAGCAGAUGGCUGGGCUGUCUGCGGCCUAGAUGUAUAUGCCUUUAUUUUUAAUCAUCUUUUCUAACUUUUAAAAUGCUGAAAACCACUUCUGUAGAUGUAAGGGAGGGGGGUGGGAGAUUUGGAGGACAAUGCUAUGUGCAUAUUGUGAAGAUGAAUGUGGUGCUGGAUUGAGUUUUUGUAUUUUGGCCAGAUUAGAUUCAAUCUUUUAAUUUCCCUGCUAGCCAGCAGUGGUUGAUAUAGCCAGGGACAGCUUUGAAUGGCUACAUGUCGUUGUGUGACACAGACCUGGAUGUCACCAGCAGUGGUCGUUCAUUAAUGACUUGGAUUCUCAUGUCUGGGACGAAUCAUCUGUUUCUCUGUGGUGUUAGACCUCAGUUGCUUAAUACACUGGGGAAAAAAGGGUGGCCAAUAUUGUCUUCUAAAAAGCCAUCCGGCAUGCCAGUCUGAGAUCAAGUUAUGCACUGCUUAGCAGCUUUUACCACCUCACCUACACUUGGUGCAAAGUACCUCUCUGAACAGCCUUUUUUGAUGUUUGUGUUUAUAUAAGUGCAUCAAUAAAUGAAAAACCACUGCCUGUGUCUUUA